AUGCCCACCUGCUAUAGGGGCGACCAUUAUCCUCCAGAGCUGUCAUCCGAAAAGGUCAAGAAGCUCGAUAAGCAGUACCAAGCGAUCCAUGAGGAGUUCUAUGUCAAGUCUGGACAGGUGCCCAUUACUCCGGACAACUUCCAUGACUGGAAGCGGACGAAGAAGUCAAGACGAAAGAUGCAAUUCUGGGAGAUAUGCAGUGGCUCUGGAAGACUGUCAUACAUGGCCCUGUUGGCUGGAUUGUCUGUUGCUUUCCCCGUCGACUACCGGUACGGCUGGGACAUUGGCGACUCUAGUCACCAAAAGAUGCUCUUGGAAAUGCAAGAGAUUUGCAAACCAGAUGUCAUCAUGCUUUCUCCUUCUUGCGGACCCUGGUCAACCUCGGCAAACAGGCUAUCUUCGGAAGACAGGCAAAAGCUGCAGUCUGAGGAAGAAAGUGCACUGGUGUUCGUGAAGAAGCUGGCUGCCAAUCAAGAAGAAGAAGGUCGAGGGUUCCUUGUCGAGAAUCCAUGGGGUUCGUCGCUGUGGAAGCAUUCCCCUCUGGCGUCCUUGGAACAGGAACUGGCAAGCUGCCGACCUAAGCAGCGUGCUGAUCAGUGUUCCUAUGGCGCGACGGAUGAAGCAGGGAAGCCCAUUCAAAAGGCAACAGGGCUUCAAGGCAAUUUCUCCCUUAGUAAUGCCACCAGACGUUGCGGAGGACAUCGCCAAGGCCAUGGUGUUCUGCAAGCCACUUUCCAAGGAAAGAAUCGGACAACACUGGCGGCCAUCUACCCUCAUCAGUUCUGUCGAGCGCUGAUCAAGGGUUUCAAGAAGUUCCUGACGAAGGACAGGCAAGCAUACUUCAUUGGCUACAAGUGUGAGAAGUGUGCACUUGGAAGGAAUGCUCCGCCUGGCACAGAACAUACGUUGAUCCCUCGAGAAUGCCGUCACGCUUCUUCACUUCCUACACCUGCUGCAGCAUCCUCCUCGAAUGAUCCGGCACCACGACCUGGUAUUCCUGUACGAGCUGCAGUAACUACUCCUAUGCCACAGCUCAUCGAGGAGUGUAAGCAGGCAGCAUUGAAGAAGCCCAACUUGGACGAGAUCAAGAUCCAGCUUCCUGAUGGCAUGACCAUGUCCGCCGUGGACACUUUGAUGCUCAAGAGCCUGCUCACCGACAUUGUCAACGACAGCGUGAACAUCAUCAGUGAGUACAAGGGCAAGCACAACCAUUGGAGUCAAGAUCCUCUGCACAUUGCACUUUUGCGGAGGAUCCUUGCAAAAGUCAUGAAUGUCAAGGGCGUCUGCGCCUCACUUCAUGCGGAGACAUUUCCUCUUCCCAUGCCGUUCCUACGAACCGAGACCGCGCCCUUGAGGAUGAUCAUUCGCGGAGAGGUUAAGUCAUGGACCUUGAAACCAGUGGAAGACCUCCGCACGUACACGGACAACCAGCUCAAGAGCAAGUGCUACAGCGAGGACUGGGUCAUUGCCAUUUUCGGGUCCGCUCCACAAGACAAAGACUACUGGGAGAUCGACAGGGCCCGAGGACGUGCCACACGACAUCAUCUACAACCACGAGUUGCCUUGUUUACUCCCAGGGAGGAUGAAGGUCCCAUCGCGUUGGACGAACUUGAGAGCUCUCGGACCACUAUGGCAACUCCGCAUGAUGGACAGGGCCCAAAGGUAGUCAUCAAGGAUGAAUGGACAGGCAAGGACAGUUCGAGGGCAGCUCUGGAACAAGGACGAUGGACUGGCGCCACAGAGUUCAUCUUUCGUGUUCCUCCUGAUGAUGAUGAUGAUGUUCCACCGGAUCCGAUUCUUCGAGGUGCAGAAGACCAAGAACGUGUUCUUGAUGCCGAAGAACAGGAUCACGAGGCUCAGGAGGAAGAGCGCAUCAUCGAUGACCUGGCGCCAGCCAUUGAUCCUCCUCGCAGAUCGAACUUCGAUUUCCGUCGAGUCCUGGUCCGACUUCCGCGACUUGCUCGUAACGAUGUGGAUCAGGCUAAGCGACUGAUCCUGGGGCUUCACGAGAGGUUCUGGCACUCAUCGGCGAGCGAUCUGCAAUCCUUGCUGUCAAAGUCAGGCAUGCCCUCGGAUGUGCUAAAGCUUGUGCCUGAAGUGAUUGCUGGUUGUGCUAUCUGCAGAAAGUACAGUAAGCUGAAAUCGAAACCGGUUGUGAAGGCAAGUCAUCCUAUGACCUUCGGUGAAGAAGUGCAGGCCGAUUACUUCCAACUUUGGAACGAAUGGUUCAUGAUCCUCAUCGACGUGGCCACUCGCUACAAGGUGGUGGUGAAGGUGGCCGGACGGGACUUACCUACUGCACUUCAUGUUCUUCUUCACAACUGGCUUCGUUUCUUCGGACCAAUGCGAAAGCUGGUGUCCGAUCAGGAGAGCUGUCUUAUGUCACAUGAGGCCGCAGCUGAGUUGGAGAGGCUGAACAUUCAGCGGGAACCUGCAGGCACAACCCGAGGGAAAGCGCAAGGGCAGCAUACCACCACCGGUUUGGUGGAGAAGCGCACCGAUCUGGUAAAGAUCCAGAUGUUGAAGAUCAAGGCGGAGGCUGACCGUGCAGGCAUUGAAGUGUCGUCAGCGGUUGUGGCAGCAGAGGCUGGAUUCUCACAAAACGCUUCCUUGAACAUUGGAGGCGUGACUCCGCAUAUGAUGGUCACGGGAUCCAUGCCGUUCCCAUUCUAUGACAUCGACGCUGCGGGGAUCCAAUCGGUGUCUGGUGCUAAUAUGACGAGGCCGACGGUCUUCGGGAAUGCAUUGCGUCUGCGACAGAUAUCCUUGUCGUCAGCAGCACAGGCCAUCACCGAGAACAGGAUCCUUCGUGCAGGGCACACACGACCUCAACGGCUACCAACUGAGUCAACGCAACCAGGUGUCACAGAGAUUGGGUUUCAUCGAGAAGAUGCUGAUGGUUUGGGCUGGCGCGGCCCUGGACUACUCCUCAAGCUGCAGGACAAUGGCUCUGCCAUCGUGGAAUACCAAGGCCGUCCUUAUCUGGUCCCUUACAGGAACCUGCGCAUCUUCCGUAGCACCUACUAUUCCAACCACCUGACAGAUCACGGCGACCGACGUGAACAAGAACUUGAGUCAUGGUUGGCACUUCGUUCCCUGAUGCAAAGCACUGAAGCUUGUGUGCCCUUCCGCAUUGACACAUUCGGACACCUCAAGAACCUCAACGGCAAGUGGUCUGUGCAUCCGAAGAAUAUGAAUGUCAAACAGCGGGACGGCAUCCUCCAGGACAUCAUCAAGGCAGCCUCCUUCCUAACCUCCAAGGAAUGCCAUGGGAUCAAGGUUGGUGUUGGUCUCCGGAAAAUGUUGACUGCGGCUAACACGACCGGGACAUUGGUUGCAUGGCGCAAACACACGGUCCGCAUGUCCAUCAUUGACAACCCGCGAGGCACCGACAUGUCAACUGCACCUCUUAGGCUCGCUGGGCGCGAGGAAAUGUGCUACAUCUACUUCUACAGCUAUGCCCCGGACUUUGUUGCGCUUCCGAAUACAGAGUGGCUCCCUCGCGGCACUCCAAUGGAGGAAUCUCCUCUUGUUCCUCUUCCUGCUGGUGAGGUGUCCAAUGGCCCAACUCUUGGGCCUGAUGACAUGGAGGUUGACAAGGAUGCCACAAAGCGCGAUGGCCCUGAUUCAAGAACAGUGACUCUUGGUCCCGAGAACAAGAAGCAGCGCACCUCCUUUGCACUUCCGGCAUCCGAGCACAUGGCAGAUACCUUCAUGUCCAUGCAUAAGGCUCAACAUCGUGUUCGACUUGACGAAGGCCAACACGACCUCAAGAACGAGUACCACUACGUCGGCCAGCAAGACAGACGGGCUAAUGCCAGCCUCUUCUACAUGGCAUCACAUGGAUGGUAUGCCGACCUCUACCAGGGCAACAUCUUCCGCGUGGACUCCACCGCUGACACGAUCACCGAGGAUGAUGCCUACAAGAUAUGGCCCGAGGUCGAAAAGGGUGAUGCUAAGGAGCUGGCACAGUUUGUGGAUCAGGAUGCCUUCAAGCCAGUGCUUCUUUCCGAUCUUGGAAAGGAUGUGGCCAUCAUAGAUGCCAUCUGGGUCAGGAAGUGGAAGAAAGCCAUUGAGGGCCGCAUUGUGAAGAGCAGACUUUGUGCACGUGGCUGUCAUGACCCCUACAAGCGCAUGAUGUCAAAUCGUUCCACCACGGCUACAAGGUUGUCACAACGAUUGAUCUUGGUGUCAGCUGUGAAUGGUGGAAACCGAUCCCUGGAAAGCUGGGAUGUGGCUGGUGCAUUCCUGAAGGGGCUCACCUACCAAGACUUGUGGCGCGCGCUUCGUCAGCUCGGUCUCAACUCCGUCGAGAGAAUGAUCGCCGUCAUUCCACCUCGCAACGUUUGGCGGCACCUCAAGAAGCUGUCAAAGAAGUUCAAUAUUCCUGAGGACAAGCUGCAUUUGUUUGCACUAUUGUGCCUGAAGCCAGUGUAUGGCUUGUCUGAGGCACCGCUGGCAUGGCAGCUCUUCCUCCGCAAGUAUCUGCGUGAACUUGGCGGCGUGCAAUCGCACUUUGAUGAGUGCUACUGGUACUGGCCAGCACCUGCUCCCGGCAUUCAGAAGUGGCUGGAUGAGACCUUCCAGAAGAUGACGGUGAAGUUUGGCAAGCUCACCCGAGAACGCGUCGCCAAAGAUGACGACGACGAACGACAGCUGAGCAGCGAGGAGACUACUCUUCUCCGAUCGGCCAUUGGCGGCCUUAUGUGGACAGGUUUGACUCGGCCUGACCUCCUGGCUGAGCUUUCUACGCUGCAAAGUGUCAUGAAUAAGGCCUGCGUGAAACACCUUCGUGCAUCCAACGCACUUGUGCUGCGGGCCAAGCGUGACAUCGAGGCGGCAGUGUACUACCGGCCCCUGGAAUCCAACUCCUACCGCAUCGUGGUGAUCCAUGAUGCCUCCGCGGCAACCUCAACCAAGAACUACGCCCAGGAAGGAGUCCUGGUUGUCCUCAUGAGUGAUCACUUGGAUGUCGCCAGCAACCACAUCGUUGCCAGCGACGAGUUUGCCAAGUACAAGCUGUCUGGCUGUGCUCAACUGUUGCACAUGCAAUCGUCGAAAGCAAAGCGGAUCUCUUAUUCGACCAGUCACGGCGAAACUUUGGCAGCUUUGAACGGCCUCGAGUGUGGGACACUCGUGAGUACGAGGUUAGCUGAAGCAACCUUCGGGAAGGCGAUGACCGCAGAUGCGCUCACGAAAGUAAUGUCUUCUCCAGUGUUGAUGAAGUUCCUUACCACCGGGUUCAUUGAGUUCUUCAAUGCGGGGCACCCCUUGGAGAUGAAGCGACUACCUCCAAGUGAUGAUUUUGACGAGGACGACUUGAUUGCCGGCGACCAGGUGCUUGAACAGAAGAAGGCAUGGUUUGCUGGCCUUCCGUUCCUCGUCUUCUCCAAGAAGCUGUUCUUUGUGGCUACUACGACUGCUUUGGUCACUCCUGUGACUGCACAGCCCAACUUUGUGGACGUCUGGAGCGUCUACGACUGGGUUCUGAUGGCCAUAGCACUACUUCUGUGCACGGCAUCAGCUUCUGUGGCUGUUCUCGUUGAUCGAUCCUGCUGCAGAAGAGCGUCUACAGCGUCCUCAUCGAGCACCCCGACGAGCUCACAGACUACCACCGCUGCUGAAGGCUCUAGGCCAGCUGCUGCGCCGAACUCCAACAACGGCCCGACUACAACGCCAACUGAGGCAGCUGCUGCUAGUUCUUCGCCUCCUGAGCCUCCGACUGCUGAACGUACACGUGACGUCUACAUUCGUAAAGGUGGUCAUGUCUAUCAUCAAAGGAGCUGUGUGUAUGCCCAAGGCGCUAAGCGCUACGGUCCUUGCGGCUUCUGUUUGGCACAUGGGCACUGA